AUGGUCAUGUCAAAGAUUGAAAUCCUGUACACUAAAGCAGAGUCUAAUUCUGAGGUUGUGUUGCUGUACAAACAGCCUAGUGUACUGGUUGGUCGGACGGAUGUUGUUUCUGUGACACCAUGGUUGGCCCCAAUUGUUUGGGUGAAAACCUUUGAUCCUACACUGAUCAACUUUAUCUACAAACAACAAAACAUCACUAUUGCAACAACUGUUUUCGCUUUGGGAAAAUACACACGUUUUCUCAAAGACUUUCUGGAGUCAGCCGAGCAAUAUUAUUUUGUUGGAUUUCGAGUACAUUAUUAUUUAUUUACUGAUCAACCAGAAGCGGUUCCCGAUGUAAAACUGAGUGAAGAACAUCAGCUAACGGUGCGAAAGGUCCCGAGUAUGGAUAGGUGGCAGGACAUCAGUAUGGGCAGGAUGGGAAUACUGGAAAAACUAACUAAAAGUGAACUGGAUAAUGAUACGGAUUAUAUUUUCUGCCUUGAUGUGGAUACAAAGUUUUAUGGCCCCUGGGGUGCGGAGACUUUAGGUCGGCUUGUAGGUGUGAUUCAUCCUUGGUUUUAUGAUUUCAAACGGACAAAAUUUCAAUAUGAACGUAGACCAGAGUCACAAGCGUUUAUUCCGGUUGAAGAAGGUGAUUAUUAUUACACAGCUGCUGCAUUUGGUGGUACAGUACAGGAAGUUUAUAAGCUCACCAAAACCUGUCGUGAGCAGCAGAAUAUUGAUGCUGCUAAGUCCAUUGAGGCAAUAUGGCACGAAGAGUCUCACUUGAACAAGUAUUUGCUUUACAAUAAACCCAGCAAGCUGCUCUCACCCGAGUAUCUGUGGCGGCAUAUUGACAUAAGAAGGAAACAUGUCAAAAUGAUUCGCCUCUCUCAUGUGGCUAAAAACAAUGCUGAGGUUCGCCUGAAUAAUUAAAUAAUUCAAUGUAAAACGGAAUAAUUCAAAUUAAGUUAAAUUUAUAUGUAUUUCUGUAGCUCUCUAUCAUCAUAUCAUUGCUUUACAGUAAUACAGACAAAAAAUAAAUAAAAUAAGGUGUAUGAAAUACAUACCUACACUCAAAAAAUUGUGCUAAAUAGAACUAAAAGCUUGUAAUAAUAGGGGAACCAUUUUUAGUGCUAUAUAGCACCUAUAAAGCACAUCCGGGGGUGAUAUAGC